ACCAUCGUUGUUGAAGCCACGCGUGAAGAAGGCAUUGACAUCACCGACCAAAAACUAAAAAUCUUAACUGCAGAUGCUGUCCAGGCCAGCGACGUUGUUAUCACUAUGGGCUGCGGCGAUGCUUGCCGCUUCUUCCCAGGCAAGCGCUACCUUGAUUGGAGACUCGAUGAUCCCGCCGGGCAAACCUUUGAUGCUAUACGCCCUAUACGUGACGAAAUCCGUCGUCGAGUCGAGAAUCUAAUCUGA